AUGACGAUGCUAGAAGGCGAGAUAUGGACCUGGUACGGUCUAUCGUGGCUUAUUGUUAUCGCCAGAAUGAUAUCACGAAGGAUGUUGCUGGGUUCAGUUAAGAAGCUACAAGUUGAGGAUUUAUUGGUGAUAGUAGCCAUGAUUACCGAUGCAAUCCUCAUGGUGGGCAUGUCCAUCAUUUCGCAAACGAGCAGUAACCUCAUCGACCCAAGCGAACACGUCGUUUUGGACACAGCAGAAAUCGACAAACGAGAAUAUGGUUCCAAAUGGGUUUUGGUGGUUGAGCAGAUGCAAAUCUUGACUAUCUGGCUUAUAAAGUAUUGUCUGUUGCUGAUGUACAACCGUCUCACGUUAGUACCCCGUCGCAUUGCAUCAGACCUGUGUUCUAACCUCGCCGUAGUAGGUAUGAGUUUGAGCCAGAACUUGGCUGUUAAGUUUGUCGCUGCCUAUGUCACUGUCGGUUUCGUCGUUAUGGAGAUUCUCUAUCUGGGAGUCUGGUGUCGCCCUUUCAACCAGUACUGGGCUGUUCCUCCAGAGAACACUCAAUGCUCCGCUGCUACAAACCAUCUCAUCACCAACGCCGUCCUCAACAUCACCUCCGACGUCAUGAUCAUCCUCAUCCCCAUGCCAAUUUUCCUCAAAUCCCAGCUCCCAUUGAAGCGCAAGGCCGUCCUCAUUGGUGUCUUCGCCCUCGGCGCCUUCACAAUCCUCUCCGCCAUCCUCAACAAAUUCUACUCCUUCAACGAACCAUUCGGCUCAAACUGGACCUUCUGGUACAUCCGGGAAUCCUCCACCGCCAUCAUCACCGCCAACCUUCCUUACAUCUGGACCCUUCUCCGCCGUAUCUUCAAGCUCGGUUCUUUCAGUGGCUCAACCUACGGAAAGAGUACCAAUAACCCCCCCAAAGCGUACCGAACAAAUUUCACCAACCACCGCUCCGGUGUGCGCUCGCAGAUCCGCGCCGAUCACACGUUGCAUCAGGUGGAUAGCGAGGAGGAGAUCAACAACAGCUAUGCUUUACCGCUAAAGAUCUGCGCAAAGCGUGAGGUUCAGAUUACCAGUGAGGACGCAGGUCCCGAGGAUCGAAGAGGUCCAGUGCGCUGUAUUCCUGGUGAGUUAAUGAGCCACAGCAAAGACAGCGUGCGGACAGAAGACAUGGAGACUUCUGAAAGGUCCGCAGCUGGUGUUGUCAAGGUAUAUCACGGAGUAUAG